CGAAAUUUUUGUCACGAUCCUUUCCCACUCCUUCCUUUUUUCUGAUAUCUCAAAAAAAUUGACUAUUUAUUUUAAAAGGGAAACAAAUCCAAGCACCUUAUCGGAUGAUAUCAGCAUUGGUCGACCCAUUUUAGUUAGGCAACCACGGUUAACUUAACCAGAGUUCAAUUCCGCGAGUAUAAAUACGCAAACGAACACCUCAAUCAACCGCAUCCCUUUCAUUUCCUUUCUCCUCACACUGCGAAGUUUCCAAAAGAAGCCUUUUGCAUGGUCGAAACCCAAUUCUCAACCCUCUAACACACAAUUCACUCACUCCUUACUAAGGAAAAAAAAAAUCAUAUCUCCCAAAAAUGGCAGAGAACGGUGAAUUUAGCUUCAGCGUGAAAGGGCGAAACAACCUCCCGAAGAUCCAGACACAGAAGAAGGCGGAUGACACGGCGGAGAGCGACGGCCAGAUCUGCCACGAUGACAGUGCCCGCCCGGUGAAGGCGCAGACGCUCGACGAGCUCCACUCGCUGCAGAAGAAAAAAUCGGCGCCGACCACGCCGCUCCAGGCGGCGCAGGGCCCGUUCGCCGAGGAGGAGCGCCAGAAGCAGCAGCUCCAGUCGAUCAGUGCAUCUCUGGCGUCACUGACGAGGGAGACAGGGCCGAAGGUGGUGAAGGGAGAUCCGGCGAGGACGGCGGAGACGCCGCGGGUGGCAGCUGCGAGCUAUCCGCAGCAGGACCUCUUUGCUCCCACUAACAUCAGCGACAGUUCCCUCAAGUUCACGCACAUCCUUUAUAAUCUCUCCCCUGCUGAACUUUACGAGCAAGCAAUACACUACGAGAAAGGGUCUUUUAUCACGUCAAGUGGUGCACUUGCCACAUUAUCGGGCGCCAAAACAGGACGUUCCCCUAGAGAUAAGCGCGUUGUCAAAGAUGAAACCACAGCCGAUGAUCUUUGGUGGGGAAAGGGCUCACCGAAUAUUGAAAUGGACGAGCACACUUUCAUGGUCAAUAGAGAAAGAGCUGUGGAUUACUUGUGCUCAUUGGAAAAGGUUUUUGUGAAUGAUCAAUUCCUUAACUGGGACCCUGAGCACCGCAUUAAAGUUAGGAUCGUCUCUGCAAGGGCUUAUCACUCUCUGUUUAUGCACAACAUGUGUAUCCGGCCAACUCCGGAGGAGCUGGAGAACUUUGGUACGCCUGACUUCACGAUAUACAAUGCUGGGCAGUUUCCAUGUAAUCGAUACACCCACUACAUGACCUCGUCAACUAGCAUAGACUUAAAUCUUGCUAGGAGGGAGAUGGUCAUCCUUGGCACACAGUAUGCAGGGGAGAUGAAGAAGGGCCUUUUCAGUGUGAUGCACUAUCUCAUGCCCAAGCGACACAUACUGUCUUUACACUCUGGUUGCAAUAUGGGGAAAGAUGGAGACGUCGCACUCUUCUUUGGUUUAUCAGGUACUGGUAAGACAACAUUGUCUACGGAUCACAACAGAUACUUGAUAGGUGAUGAUGAGCACUGCUGGAGUGAGAAUGGUGUGUCAAACAUUGAGGGUGGUUGUUAUGCUAAGUGCAUAGACUUGUCGAGGGAGAAGGAGCCUGACAUAUGGAACGCAAUCAAGUUUGGUACUGUGCUUGAGAAUGUGGUGUUUGAUGAGCACACACGAGAAGUGGACUACUCGGACAAAUCCGUGACAGUCAGCAAGCUCAGCCUGGCCCAAACCAUGUAUCACUUCAUAAGCGGCUACACUGCCCUGGUGGCAGGGACAGAGGACGGAAUAAAGGAGCCUACGGCUACAUUUUCUGCAUGCUUUGGUGCAGCAUUUAUUAUGCUACAUCCCACGAAAUAUGCAGCCAUGCUAGCCGAGAAAAUGCAAAAGCAUGGAGCAACUGGAUGGCUUGUGAACACUGGCUGGUCAGGUGGAAGCUAUGGGUCGGGAAAUCGGAUCAAGUUAGCUUACACUCGGAAGAUAAUUGAUGCCAUACACUCUGGGGCCCUUCUGAAGGCAAAUUAUAAGAAGACGGAAGUUUUUGGGCUUGAGAUCCCCACUGAACUUGAAGGCGUGCCUUCGGAAAUUCUCGAUCCUGCUAAUACUUGGUCUGACAAGAAUGCACACAAGGAAACUCUUCUGAAAUUAGGAGGUCUCUUCAAGAAGAAUUUCGAGGUGUUCGUCAACUACAAGAUUGGGACCGACAACAAGCUGACUGAGGAGAUCUUAGCAGCUGGGCCGAAUUUCUAAAUCCGCAUGAACCGAGAAUCAUCAGGGGAAUAAAAGCAUGAUAUGAACAUGUACUUGUUCAGUCCGUUGUUCAGUUUGGUCUUUUUACUUGAAUGAUUUUAUGCGAUUUGAAUACCUUUCUCAUUGUCAUUGAGACAGGGUACCACUAUGUUAUUUACUGGUAAAGAUCCUCUUCGGAUCUGUUAUGGCCUUCCAUCUUUAUCGAGUCAGUUUUUCCAGUAUCACGGCACCAGACCUUGUUUAAUGUGCAGUUUGUUGUUUUAUCAAGUUAUUUACUUUGGUGUCAUUCAAUAAAUACAUUUCUCACUCAAAUUACUGCAUAACGGUCUGUUGUCCCUAUUUGUAAAGAUGCUAUCAACAAUCUACUUUGAGCUACACUCCACCUAAGACCUUAUUACUCAACAUUCAUGAUUGUUGGAAUAUCACUUGUGAGUUGUCUCAUAUUGAUUCUAUAAGGUAAAUGAACUUAGUUUAUAAGUCUAGUGGGCUACUCCUUCCAUGACCAAUUGGUUUUGGGAUGGAAUCUCAACUACGCGCACCACACCCUCUUAUGGUGCGCUUCAUC